CUGAAACCCGGAAGAAAUCGCCAUCAAAACAGGGAAGGAAAUAUUUUACCUACCAACUACAAGUUCGUUCAAGUAAAUAGGCAUGUUGAGAUAAUAACGGCUACUUGAUAUCCACUGACAUCCAACUAAGAUGAGUUCAAGGAGGCGACUGAAAUCAAAACUACGCCAAGCUGAAAACGAGGGAAAUAUUGGAGAAGUAGUAGAAACAUUAUCAGUACAAGAUAAGAAGCAAGCUUUACCUAUAGCAGCUAGACAAGGAUUGUAUGGUGUUGUGAUUUAUCUGUUAGAACCCGGAGUAGAUGUACAGUAUGUUGAUGGUCGUCAGAACAACCUGCUGUACAUACUUUUACUUAAUUAUAAUGUAUAUAUCAAUACUGGUAGACGUGAUUUGUUGUUACAAUGUGUAGUUAAAUUAGUUGAUGCUGGUGUGGAUGUCAACCACAUGAAUGAUGAUAAAAAGACACCUGUACAUAUAGCUGCAAGAAAACAGUUGUAUGAAGUUGUGAUAUAUCUGUUAGAACAUGGAGUAGAUGUACGGUAUGUCGAUAGUCAUCAGAACAACCUGCUGUACAUACUUUUACAUAACUAUGACAGUAACGACAAUACAUGUAGACCUCAUUUGUUAUUACAGUGUGUAGUUAAAUUAGUUGAUGCUGGUGUAAACGUCAGUCAGUUGAAUGAAUAUAAAAUGGCACCUAUAGUUAUAGCUGUUAGACAAGGGUUGUAUGAAGUUGUGAUGUAUCUGUUAGAACACGGUGUUCAUAUAGAUUAUGUUGAUAGUUUUAAACGCAACAUUCUUCACUAUGUUUUAUGCUGUGUGUUUUCCGGUAUGAUAGAUGAAGAGAAAUGUAUGCAGCUGGUUAAUACUUUAAUAAACAUGGGAUUAGACAUAAACCAACCUGACUAUAAAGGUAAUACCCCGUUGUUCUAUGUCGGUACAUACGACACCUCUGAUGACAUCAGCCCGUUCUCUCUAGGUAAAGUGUACCGAAUAAAAUUGAAAUUACAGAAAGUGCAGGACACUCAUGUUCGACUGAAAUGUAAACUGAUUAACAUUUCAUUAGAAGCUGGUUGUAAUGUGAACCAUCAAAACACUGAAAGGCAAACGGCCGUAAUGUACCAUAUAAAACACCAAACUGAUAUCAGUAUAUUAAAACUGUUAAUUCCACAUUCUAAUUUAAGUUUACCUGAUAAAAAUGGUGAUACUGCAUUAAAUUAUUGUAUUAAAUAUCACAUGAUCAAUUCGACAGCCAUCUUUAAACUUUUGGUAGACUCCGGUUCAGAUCUGAUGUCAGGUAACAAUGGAGUUAAGUUGUUCCAUGAUAUUUUAAAAUGUAUGAGGUUGGGGAUGUUUAGUUAUUACAUUAGGCUAAAAUUGGUUGUUAAUGGUGUUACAGCUGAAGGAGAAAAUAUGCUUCACCUUUUAGCUUGUGUUAACUAUGAUUAUUCUAGAAACAAGUUUAACUGGUUGUUAAAUAACGAGCUAGACAUCAACCAUCCCUGUUCUAAAUCCAACUCGCCUACUAUGAUAGCUGCUUUUUUUAUUAAACAGCAAAUAUUUAGAAUUGUUGACACGUCAUCCUAG